GAUUGGUGUAGACGCAAUGCCACGAACAGCACGUUAAUCUGCGCCGUCAGCGUGUGUGAGCUGCGACCGAGCGAAAAUGGCGAGCUGGUGCGUACGGGCUGCGAGGCAGAGUUACGGCAUUGUGGCAUCACCUGCUUUUUUAAGGGUGGCGCCCCGUCUCCUGUGUGCAGCUGCCCCACAGAAGAACAACGGGCAGAGCCCCGAGGAGGACAAUGGGGCCCCCAAGGUGGAGGUAAGCGCAGCGGAGAAGACGCUGGUAGAGGAGAAGGCCCAGCUGGAGGAGCAGCUGAAGGAUAUCACGGACAAAUACAAGAGAGCCCUGGCAGACACAGAAAAUCUCCGACAGCGGAGUCAGAAGCUGGUGGAAGAUGCAAAGUUAUACGGUACAUAAAUAUCAGUAUUCUGCUG